AUGGAGCCAGACAUUUUAGGGUUUGGAAGCUACAGAGCUAACAGGUUCUCCCUCGGGUCGACGCAGGACAAAGGAGACAGAAUGGCUGAGGCUGACGGCAAAUCCACUGCGCUUAACGGUGGCUCUGAAGAAAAGGAACCUGGAGAAGAUCAACACAAGGAGGGGGAUGCCUCUGGAAGCAAAGAAGGACAAACACAGUCUUCCUCUCAAGAUGCUCCCAAAGAAACAGGAGAGGUAUCUGGAGAGAAGCCUAUGCCAGAUGUGGAAGGAGAGACGGGCACAAACAGAGAGGGAGAGGAGGAAGAAGACACAGACAGCAUGGAUGGCAGUGGUCUGUACUCUCUGACUGAGGAUGGUGAAAGAGAAAGUGAGGGAGGCAGACAAGAGAGAGCAAAGGAUAAAGACGGUGGGAAAAGGGCAGCUAGAAAGAGAAAUAGACCUGGCGGUGGCACCAACCACUCCUCCAGCUCAGAUGAGGAUGAUGAUGAUGAUGAAGAAGAAGAAGAACAGAAAGAUGACGAAGACGAUGAUGAAGCUAUGGAGGCAUGGCUCGGAGCAGAGCUCCGUGACCUCCGUGGGCCUAUAUGGCGGGCGAUACCCUCACUGCGCUCCCGGGAGAUUGGCAGGGACUCGCACCAGUUUGUGAGGCGUGUGUGUGGAGCCCGAGGUCUUGUGCAGAGGCUGGAGCUCCAAGGCCGCCUGGAGAAGCACACAGGCUGUGUCAACACAUUGCACUUCAACCCCUCAGGCACACGCCUGGCAUCAGGAAGUGAUGACCUGCGAGUUGUCAUCUGGGACUGGGCCAUCCGCCAUGCUGAGCUGGAGUUUGAUAGCGGCCACAAGAGCAAUGUCUUUCAGGCUAAGUUCCUGCCUCACAGCGGAGACUCCACCUUGGCCAUGUGUGCUCGAGAUGGUCAGAUCAGAGUGGCUGAGCUCUCUGCCACACAGCGCUGCAAGAACACCAAGCGGGUAGCACAACAUAAAGGGGCAGCACACAAGCUGGCCCUCGAGCCAGAUUCACCCUGCUCUUUUCUGUCUGCUGGAGAGGACGCCGUGGUGUUUGGUAUUGACCUGCGUCUAGACCGUCCCGCCAAUAAACUGGUGGUUGUAAAGGAGGGUGAUAAAAAAGUUGGGCUGUACACCAUCUUUGUCAACCCAGCAAAGACACACCACUUUGCUGUGGGCGGGAGAGACCAGUAUGUCAGGAUCUACGACCAGAGGAAGAUUAAUGAGAAUGAUAACAAUGGUGUACUGAAAAAGUUUUGUCCUUCACAUCUGGUAUCCAGUGAGUCCAAAACCAACAUAACCUGCCUUGUGUACAGUCAUGAUGGCACAGAACUCCUGGCCAGUUACAAUGACGAGGACAUCUACCUAUUUGACUCCAACCACAGUGAUGGGGCUGACUAUCGCAGGAGAUACAAGGGACACCGCAAUAAUGCCACAGUGAAGGGGGUGAACUUCUAUGGGCCAAGCAGUGAGUUUGUGGUCAGUGGCAGUGACUGUGGACACAUCUACCUGUGGGACAAGUAUUCAGCUCGUAUCGUCCAGUUUAUGGAGGGAGACAGAGGAGGAGUGGUGAACUGUCUGGAGCCUCAUCCCCAUCUGCCUGGUAUGGCCACCAGUGGGCUGGACCAUGAUAUCAAACUAUGGGCUCCCACUGCUGAAAGCCCCACAGGACUCAAGGGUCUAAAGGAGGUGAUGAAAAAAAACAAGCGGGAGCGUGAUGAAGACAGCGUGCGCCACGGCGACCAGUAUGACACCCAGCUGCUGUGGUUUCUGAUGAGACAUAUGAGGAACAGACGGCCCCCAAGGGCACGCCGUGAGGGUACAGACCCCGACACAGAUGAGUCCUGGAGCUCUCCAGAUUCCUCUGAUGAAGAGGAAGGAGGUCCAGACCAUGUCCAGUGCAUGUCCUCCUGAGCCACACACACACACACACACACACACACGCACGCACGCACACACACACACACACACACACACACACACACGCACGCACGUACACGCACACACAGUGGGGUGCAAAAUCUGAGACCACUCUCCCUUGAAUAAGAAAGUGGUCUCAUACUUUUGGACCCCACUUUACAUACAUAUAUACACACUUUAUUGCCCUUGAAUUGAUGCACAUAGGCAAGCACUAUUGACACACUGGCAUACUCAAACACUGACGAGCCACAGACUUGGGGUUUUUCUUUCACACAUACAAUCUCACACAGACAAACACAUCAUACAUUUACUUAAAUAUGCUGUUGAAGCAGAGUGACAGAUUUGUUAACGCCUGGUUUCCCAGCAGUUACAAAUGUGCACAUGGCGGCUACAGUCUGCAUAUACACUUCCAAAAUCCUGAUUUUUGAGAACUGUACGAAGAGGUUUAGUGAGUGCUUACAUCCCUAUAAACCACUUGGAGGCCCCUGCUUGUCCAUACAUUAUCUAUAUGCUCUGCCUAGCCCCAGAACUAUGUACUGUGCGUGUAUGGCAACAAGCACCUCCAACUUUAGGCACCCUGUAGUAAGCUAUACAUCACCAGCAGACAAACCCCC